AUGUCUUCCUUCGAGCCAGUUGUCAUUGUCGAUGGCAAGGGCCACCUUCUCGGUCGCCUCGCCUCCAUUGUUGCUAAGCAGCUUCUCAACGGCCAGAAGGUUGUCGUUGUCCGCUGCGAGGCCCUCAACAUCUCUGGCGAGUUCUUCCGCUCGAAGCUCAAGUACCACGCCUACCUCCGCAAGAUGACCCGUUUCAACCCUACCCGCGGUGGUCCCUUCCACUUCCGCGCUCCCUCCCGCAUCUUCUACAAGGCCGUCCGUGGCAUGAUCCCCCACAAGACUGCCCGCGGUGCCGCCGCCCUGGAGCGCCUCAAGGUCUUCGAGGGUGUCCCUCCCCCCUACGACAAGAAGAAGAAGAUGGUUGUUCCCCAGGCUCUCCGUGUCCUCCGCCUGCAGCCCGGCCGCAAGUACUGCACCGUCGGCCGUCUCAGCCACGAGGUCGGCUGGAAGUACCAGGACGUUGUCGCCCGCCUGGAAGAGAGAAGAAAGGCCAAGGGCGCUGCCUACUACGAGCGCAAGCGUGUUGCCGCCCGCCAAAUCUCCGACGCCAAGAAGUCCGCGGCCGCCAAGAGCCAGGCCUCCAAGAAGCUUGCCGCUCUCGGCUACUAA